GACGUUUAAGGUGAUGAAAACAAACUUGGAGAAAUUUAUACAAAAGAAGAAGGCAGUGGAAAUUACAGAUGAUUACAAGAUUCGCAGACAAAAAACGAGUUAAAAAUUCUGAUUAAUUGGAUGAUGAAUGGAUAUAGAUAGAGCAUUUUAAAAUGCUGAAAUAUUUUAAGAAGCGAAAAGGAUUGCGCCGCCAAGCAAUGGGGACAGAUGUCCCUUUUGGAAAAUCAUGUGGCGAUCUAACAGAAAGUGGAUUAGGCCACAGUGAUUUCGAAAAUAAACGGCACUCAUUACAUUCUUCUUCCAGUUUUUGCGACGAAAUACUAUCGCAAAUAGGUGCUGAAGUCGACGCAAGUGUUGGAAUUGAAAUUUCUUGGGGAAGCAGUAUGAUUUCAAAUGAUGAUAUUUUUCAAUAUAAAUCUCGUCUGGCGAUGUCAAUUUCGUCAAUAGUAAGUGAUCCAAAUUGCCUAACCUAUUUUGUACAAUUUUUGGACACUAUGAAUGCACUCCCUUUCUUAAAAUUUUACCUCGAUACUGAAAAUUUUAAAACUGCUGCACUUGGUCACUUAAGUGCAGAACAACAGAGUGAUGAGCGAGGAACAAUAGGAAGUAAGAAAGUGUUGCAGAAAUAUAAGGACUGUAAAACACCGUCUCGAAUAGAUUUAGGACAUAAGGAAGAAAUACACGCUACAUGUACUCAAGAUGAUGAUAAAGUACCUGAAUUAAAAAGCUUUUUCGAUUUAUCUAUGCGCCAGCCGCUCACAGAUGAUGAAAAAAGUCAAAUCUAUGCCGAAACUAAUAAGCAAAUAUAUCAAAGUGCAGAAAACACGCUUACAGUUACUAAAAAUAGUAAUCGUACAAGAAAUUUGAAGGAGAAAAAUUCCGAUUGCUUAUGUGAAGACGGUGAAAAAAAGCUGUGCUCUGAUGUAUCCAGUGCUCCAAUUGGUACUCAAAAAUGUAUAAAUCCCGCUAGUGUCAAUGAUGCAAUUGCAAUAUAUCAAAAAUAUUUAAUUGUGGACGCAAAUCAGUUUAUCUCAUUACCUGUCGAUAUUUUGUCUGACAUAUCUUUAAUUGUAUGUCAACGAGCUGAAAUUAAAAAAGAAGCUUCUUCACCAAAUCAAUCGAAAAUUGAAUCCACGCCUACUAUUACGGCAACUUGCUUCGUUGAAGCACAACGUUAUGUUUUGGAUCAUUUAGAAAGAGUGUAUUUAAAUGAAUUUUUGCAGAGCCCUUUUUACGCCAAAUACAGUGUUGAAUUGAUAGAAAAUGGUAAUCCGGAGUUGUCCAUAUAUGAUAUUCUUUAUAGUGAAGCUACAUUGUUCUUCUUCAUGGAAUUUCUUGAACAACACAAUGAACGUGAAUGUCUUGUCUUCUGGACAUCAGCCAUAAAUUAUCGCAAAAGUUACAUAGUUGCCGACAGAGAUACCGAAAAUGUCACUGUUCAGAUAACAGAUAAAUCAAACAUUCCAAACACUGGUCAGUUAGAAGCUCAAGGCGACGCGAUGAUAAUAUAUGAAAAAUUUUUCUCUCUACAAUCCGAGGAUCGUUUUUGGUUAUCAGAUCGGCUCCGAAGUCAAGUUGAAGAACGUAUUUGCGCUGCUGAUCAAGUGGCGUAUUGUUUUGAUUUAGCUUUACAGUUGGUGGCGGUAUAUUUAGAGCGUAAAUAUUUUCAAGACUUCCUAAAAUCGCAACUAUUUCAGAACUACUUAAAUGAGCUUAAAUUCAAAAUACGUGAAAUGAAUGUUUCCACAAGAACAACGGAUGACGACAAAGUAACGUCUUCUGCUGCAGCUGGUGGUCGUUUUAGUAAAGCACUACAUCGAAAAACACUUUCAGAUUGUAGUGAUGGAAGUAGGCGUGAAGUUUUCAGACACAACACUUUAUUGGCGAUGGACGGUAACAAAUUGCCACAAACAAGAAUAAAAAGUAUUCAACAAGCGACUGGUUCUGCUUUGCAUAUUGAUGCACGUAAUUUAAUAAAUCCAAACUUAUUAUGGCGUCGAUCGCAAUCAGUAGAUGGAGUAGCUCUUAAAUUUGGUCACAUUAACGAAUUAGGUCGUUAUGAACGUGAUUUCGAGGCAGUUGAUGAUGUAGGAGGUGAGACGGCGAGUGGUAGUAAGCCAAAUUGGCCACUAAGACUGAGUGGCAACAGGAUUAAAAACGCGAUGAGAAAAUUGGUUCAUUUGCCAGAAGAAAAGGUUCAAGAAGAAAUUGCAUGGCAAGUAGCAGAAAUGAUAAUUAAGGAUGUGACAAGUGUAACUCUAGGACAUGAUCCAAUAAAUUCCACACCAGCUUAUAACAACAAGAACGAAGACAAAUACUAGAACAUUGUAUUUACUUUGUGCACUUUAAGUUCACUUACUUUAAAGAAAUAUUUGGAGUUCUUACUUGCACUUUUAAGUGCUUUUAAAUCUCGAUUAAUGAUUGACUAGUCAAAACUUGUAAAGGGAAUAUCUCACAGAGUAUGUUGUCAAUCAAUAGAAAUUUGUAGAGACACUAUAUUCGUAAGUAUAUAUAUGAAUUACAUGAGCUUAUGUUUCAAUAAUUCAGAAGAUCAUAAAAAUUUUAUGUAAUAUAACAGUAAAAAUUCACAUGGAACAACAUAUAUAAGUAUAUGUAAUGUUGAACAAACGUAUAAGAUGUAACAAAGUAAAGUUAAUCUUAAAUAUUUGUGGAAUGUAAAGAGCAAAAUGACAUUUUGUAGUUGUUUACAUAUAUAAUUUAAAGUUAUAAAUUAGGCUGUUUUUUCAUAUUUAUACCAAGCCAAUAAUAUACUCAUGUUUUUAUUGUAUUAAUUUUUAUUUAUAUCAGUAAAAAUUUGUAAUUUUCUGAUCUACAAACUGCAUAAUUAGUAUAUGAGUUAGCCAUAAAAACCAUGUAAUAAAUAUAGUUAUUAUGAUUUUUGUUGUAAUCGCACAAAACAAUCAACAAAACUAUUGUCUCAAAUAAAUUGAUCAAUUUUAGCUAUUAACAUUUUUAUUAUUAUUAUAAUAUUUUUUCUUAUAAAUAUGUAUAUUCGAAAAAAUAGUCGACAAAACUUAACGUUGUACGAUUUUUACUUUGGAUAAUUGCUUUGUAUUUCAUGGGAAUUGUAUUACAUCUAGUUUUUUCAAGAAUUAUUUCCCCAAAAAUUUUAAAUCGACUUAAUAAGUCAUUUAAACUAUUCUACAUUAAUCCUACAAAAAUACCUCAACAAGCGUUGUGGUUUAUGUUUGGUCAAGACAUAUUUUACCUACAUACAUACAUGCAUAUAACAUAAUAUUUUGUUACUAACAUAUUUGCAGUGCUUUAAAACUAAUUGUAAUCCCGCAAAAAAAGAGGCUGUAUGGCUGAGCUUUAAAAUUUGUCCGAUAUAUAUGAAGUAAAACUGUGCAUACAUAUAGAACGUAAGCUAUCUUCAAUUUAAGCACAAUUAAAAUGUAAUAAAAAAAAUAAAAAACCUCAAAAAUUAUUUUGAUAUACAUAUGUACAUAUACACCAAUAUCGAAAAAAACUGGAAUAAACUAAGAAAAAUCGAGAUAUGGCAUGAGAA